AUGCCCAACGUCCUCAUCCUCGGUGCCUCCGGCUACGUUGGCCUCGCCCUCUGCCAGUCACUCGUGAGCUCGGGAAACCACACCGUCUGGGGCACCGCGCGCUCCGCUGAAAAGGCCAAGCUCCUCUUGCAGAACGAGAUAGCACCAAUCACCGACGCCGACAUCACCAAGCCAGAGACUCUGAGCACCAUCAUCGCCGAGAACAACAUCGACAUCGUUGUUGAUACCACGUCUGCCUAUGAACAGGCCGCUCAAAUCCUGCAAGGCGUUGUCAAAGCCGCCACCGCUCGUCGUGAUACCCUAGCGAAGGAGAAUCUCGUUGGACCCAAGCUAGGCUUCGUCUACUGCUCCGGGACUUGGGUCUAUGGGUCCCCCUCAGAGCGUAUCACUGACCUAACUCCCGUUGGGAGCGCCAGUCUGUCGAAGGGAAAGCCGGCCACGGCCGUUGCAUGGCGCCCAGCACACGAGCAAGCUGUUCUUGCCGCAAGAGAUGUCCUCGACGUUGCGAUUAUGAGACCUUCUGCCAUCUACGGCCGCGCUUCAUGGAUCUUCAGCACAUGGUGGGGUGGGAUCCUCAAAGCAAAGAAGGACAAAAACUGCACCGAUACGAUUACAAUCCCUGCUGAUAGCACGGCACGCACUGGAACAGUCCAUGUUGACGAUGUGGCGUCGGGCUUCCAUGCAGCCAUUGACCGGAUUAAUGGAGGACUCGGUAGCUGGCCUGUGUUUGAUCUCGUGACAGAGACAAUUGGUAUUCAGGACAUGACCGAGGGGGUCAAGGCCGCGCUUGGGGUAGACGCAAAGGUGGAGUAUACGGGUACUCACGGAAACGCAUUCCUGGAGGCGCUGAGCUUGGUUUGCAGAAAUGAGGCUACGAGGGCGAGGACUGUGCUUGGCUGGGGACCGAACAGAAAAGCGUUUGUGCUGAAUCUCCCUGUUUAUGUUCGUGCUUGGGAGGCAGCUCAGUGA